AUGACACUAACCACAGUCUUUGUUACCGGUGCCUCCGGAUUCAUUGCCCAACAUAUCAUAAAACAAUUGCUUGAAAAAAAGUAUGCUGUGGUAGGCACAGUCAGAUCAGCCUCCAAGGGUGAUUGGUUGAAAGAAAUCAUCAAUUCCGAAAACUUUUCAUACGAGAUUGUCCCCCAUCUCGACACACCAGGUGCAUUUGACGAAGCAUUAUCCAAACAUCCAGAGGUUACUGUUUUUAUCCAUACUGCCUCGCCGGUUAUUCCUGAUGCCAAAGAUUUGGAACAAGAAAUUUUAAAACCUGCAAUUGAGGGUACUAAGAACGCCCUUACUGCGAUUGUUUCCCAUGCUCCACAAGUUCAGAAAGUCGUUAUUACGUCAUCGAUUGUCUCGGUAUAUGACUUCAGUCACCAUGAGAAAGUCCAUACCGAAAAGGAUUGGAAUCCAAUUUCAUAUGAACAAAGUUUAGAAAAUGGAGGUAAUGCCUAUUGUGGAUCUAAAAAAUUUGCCGAAUUGGCAGUUUGGGAUUUCGUUAAAGAGAAUAAAGCACAUUUUGAUGUUUCAUUCGUAUUACCUCUGUAUGCUUUUGGUCCUCAAGCAUAUGCUGUUAAAGAUAAAUCACAACUCAAUUUAUCUUCGGAAGUUAUUAAUGGAGUUCUUAAACUCGGGCCAAAUGAUCCCGUUCCCGCGCUUUGUGGAAAUUUUAUUGACGUAAGAGAUGUUGCUAGUGCACAUAUUAAAGCAUUUGAAGAUGAUGGUGCUGCUAAUCAUCGUUUGGUAUUAGUAUCCGAUGCUUGGACUGCUGAAAAGAUUACACAUAUUAUUAAUGAAAAGUUCCCAGAAUUGAAUGGUCCAAAAGGUGAUUUGGAAAAACAUGGAGAACAAUUGACUAGAGAAGGAAAGGAUGGUGACUUCUCAAGGACUAAGAGUCUACUCGGAUUUGAGUAUAUUUCACUUGAAAAGAGUGUUGUUGAUUGUGUGAAUCAAAUAUUAGCAACGGAGUAG